AGUGGCAGAGGACUCUUGACGCGCACCGCAGAAUCGGACUCGAAGACCGGUGUCGGAAGACAGAAUCUUGACCUCACGUUCAAUUGCCACCGCAAGACUCUCCACGAAAAGAGGUUAAAUUCACUUGGCCUUAUCUUCAGGCCUCCAGAAAUUGCCAAGAUUGCACAUACUUUCCACGUUCCAUCAUUUCAAGGCAGAUUUUCUGGCUUCUCCGUGCACGUUCUUCUGAGACCCUUUGCAGCUUCAGGAACAAUCCCUCGGACAUCGCCUUCCAUCGUCACUGGAAUUCGCUUCUUCGCGCAUCAGAAUCCGGUUCCAACCAGGAGGUCGCUACGGGCGAUCACAUCUCGUGACUAGACAACAGAACCGCCUUGGUCAGGCCGCUUGUGGGAUUGAAUUCCAUCAUGGAAGCCUCAGUACCCGAAAACAAAUCAUGGCGGGAUCGCAUCGGCGGGAAGAAGCUCGCCCCUGUCGACAGCAACGUCGCACGAUCUGAUGAAUCCGGCUCUGGGAUGCAAAAGGUGGAGAGUGGGUUAGGGAAUGGAGAGGUUGUGCCCGCUUCGAUAACGCACAAGAAGGUGAACUGGAUCCAAGCUACUUUGAUCUUGAUCGCUGAGACCGUAUCUCUGGGCAUCUUAUCUCUUCCAGCUUCAGUCGCGUCAAUGGGACUUGUGGUUGGCGCCUUCAUCAUCGCCAUCUUCGGAAUCUGCACGCUGGCUACAGGAUUUAUGCUCUACUACUUUCGUAUGCGAUACCCUCACGUGCAAAACUUUGGCCAGGCAGGAUAUGUACUCGCAGGCAAGCCAGGGCAGUACAUUGCCGAGACACUAUUCCAGCUCCUUUUGGUGUUCGUCAUGGCAGCACAUAUCUUGACCUUCGGGACGAUGGCCAACACUGUCGCUGGAAACAGCUGGAAAUGCACUGUGGUCUUCAAACUCAUUGGCUUCUUCGUCUGCCUGGCUUGCACACUACCACGGACUUUCAAGUCCAACUCAUAUCUUUCUGCAGUUUCUUGCCUCUCCAUCCUGGCUGCAACCCUGAUCGCCCUCGUCGACAUUGCCAUUAUCGGUGAAGGCGAAGGUACCGCGAAGAUCGCACCGCCUUCAAAUGUCGUCCCAGCCGACUGGAUGAUGGCACUGAGCAAUGUCCUCGUCUCCUUCACUGGCCACUUGGCUUACUUCCAGGUCAUGGCCGAAAUGGACCGCCCUCAGGAUUUCCGCAAGUCUCUCAUCGCCACCAACAUCAGCAUGAGUUCCCUCUAUCUCGUUGUCGCGGUCGUCAUCUACUACUAUGCCGGUGCCGACGUUGGUUCUCCGGCCCUCAGCUCCGCCGCACCGCUCUUCGCCAAACUGUCUUACGGUAUCGCCACACCGACCAUCGUCGUCGCCGGUGUCAUCGCAGGUCUUCUAGCGUGUAAACGCAUCCAAGCUUGGUUCUGGGAAAGUGUCCGGAAUGAACCAAAAGCCGCUGAUGAGAUUUCUCUGCGAUCCUGGACAUCUUGGGCCAGCAUUGUUAUUAUCCUCUGGGCUCUCGCAUUCAUUCUCGCGAACGUUUUGCCUUACUUCUCACCACUUCUGGCUCUGAUCGGAGCGAUUUCGGGGACCUGGAUCACCUUGGGCAUUCCGAGUAUGACGUGCAUGUACAUGUGCCAUCAUGGUUUCGCGUCUACGGAAGUGGAAUUGAAUGUUGCGACCGGAGAGGACGAGACCGGUGCGAGGAGUGUUGAAUUGAUGACGAGGGAACGACAGACCUGGCGAUGGUGGCAGCUGUUCACGUUCCCUUCAGACGCUUCGCGAAAAGUGCAAUGUGCUUGGGGUGGUUCGAUUCUGCUCUUCAUUUUGGGGAUAGUGAUGGUCGCGUUCGGAGGUUAUGGAAGUAUUCAGACGAUGGUGACGUUGAGUACGGAUAACUAUGCUCCGUUCUCUUGUAAAUGAUGGGGGUAUGUGGCUGUUUCGUAGGAUGUUACUUGACGGGCCAGCUGUCGUGACGUCUACCAGAUAAUGAUAUGUAGAGAUAGGAAUUGGAAAGGAAUCUUGAUCAAGAUCGACGACGGCAGAAGCUCU